AUGAGCCUUACACGGCGGCUCAUGGCCGUCUCAAAAAGGCUUAUAAACGACUCCUGGACAUUAAGAGCGACGACACCAGCAACCAACAAAGACUUGAAUUCGAAGAUAACAACACAUAUGUUCUCAGCUAACUUGAAGACUUUCGCGUUCACAUUCCUGCUGUCCACCAGCGCGCUUGCGCAGUGCCUCUUAAACAGCGGAUACCUGGGCGCCUACGACGCGACUACUGGUGCUUUCGUAGGAGCUGUUGCAAAAGCCAUAAGCCCAGCGUCCCAGAACAUUCUCACGCUCGAAACCAACGCCAACGUCAGCAACUAUCUUACCGUGGAAGCCUACACCCAAGCCUGCAACGACGGCGGCCCCGCUGAGAUCAAGAUCACCAACCCACUCAACCCCGCCGUGCCCUUCCUGGCACCAAUGCUCUUUACGACGAACUGCAAGGCAACCAGCCUCGGGCUGCAGCACCAAGACUCGCGGUGGCUGGCGCUUUGUGCAACCGACGGUGCCCCCCAAGGCCCAUAUCCCAAGGCUGCGCUGUCGCAAACUACUUGCGGCAAAGGCCCUUCCAACGUUCUCCGUGAAUGGUUUUAUGGCCGGUCUGGACUGAUCCAUCUAACGCUGUCCACGGAAAUCUCACCGUCGGGUUCGACACGACCUGGAACCAACUCGUCGUUGCCUACAACCUGCCGCGGACGCGAAAUCGGUGACGCGGGCAGUGGUUUUGAGCAUCUUCGCUUGACCUAA